AUGUGGUUCGAGCUUUCGGAUGGGGGUUAUACGUAUCUGAGAAUCGCGGGAAAGUGUGGAAGCUUCUAUGACAUCCUCACCAGCCUUUUCCACCGGAUGUUAUGGAUUGGAAGUAAGGACGAUAUCGAGAUGUCACUCGAUAACUUUGUCUCAUGCGAUGAUGAUGAUACUGGUGUCAAGAAGCCGGCUCUUGCUACUCGUAAACCACUGUUGGAGCGCUCGGAGGAUGACGCAAAAUGGUUCGCGGCAGCCAUUAUGACAUUUGGAAGCAAUGUGGCGAUUUAA